UUCAUUUUGAAUCUUGAUUGAUAAUUACGGAUCAUAGAUUCUAGCCGGUGAGUUUUGAAAAGUCUCGUGGUUUUGAAGCCCAGAGGCUUAGUCUAGUAUCUAGUGGUUAUUUGUUUUCCUGCCUUGGACAAUUCUCGCCUCCGCAUCCCUUGAACAUUCCCCUCACAUUCCCCUCAUAUUCGCUGUCAGUGCCUUCCCUUGACGAAGUUAUUGCAUAGAGGUGUUUCUUUCCUUUGAGUUUGUGAUAAGUUGCUUACGAGCCCUACCAGAACUACUCUAUUUCCCCAAACAUUAUGGCUUCAGAGCGACUGAGCUCCAUCCUGAGCCACCUCAAGGGUGGCGACUCGAACAGCGCGGUGUCAGCUAUUACGCAGAAGAACCCCGAAGAUGUGGUUAUCACUCUCGCUUUACGAACGCCGCUCGCAAAGGCCGGCAAAGGUGGCUUCAAGGACACGGACCUCGAUUAUAUGGUGUACGCCUUGCUCAAGGAGUUGAUCGCCAAAUCGAAGCUCGACCCCACUCUUAUCGAGGAUGUUUGUCUUGGAAAUGUGAGCGACGGUAAGGCGGCGUACCGGCUCCGCGCUGCAUCCCUUGCAGCGGGCAUCCCCCACACGUCCGGCGCCUCCACCGUGAACCGGUUCUGCUCGUCCGGCCUGAAGGCUGUGCAGGAUAUCGCCAACCAGAUCCGACUCGGAGCGAUUGAUGUCGGGGUGGCGAUGGGUGCCGAGCUGAUGACUGCCGGCGGCGACCGGCUGGAAAAGCCCUUCCACGCGGAGAUCCUCAAGAACCAGGAGGCUGCCGAUUGCAUGCAGCCAAUGGGCCAGACGUCAGAGAAUGUCGGCGAUGACUUUGGGAUCACCCGUGAGAUGCAGGAUCGCUAUGCCGCCGAGUCGUUCCGCCGCGCCGAGGCCGCCCAGAAGGCCGGCUGGUUUGAUGACGAGAUCGUUCCCAUCACCACCAAGGUCAAGGAUCCGCAGUCCGGCGAACUCAAAGAGGUCACACUCACCCGCGACGAGGGUAUUCGCUACGGCACCACCGUCGAGGCCUUGAGCAAGAUCCGGCCUGCGUUUCCCCAGUUCGGAAACAAGACUACCGGCGGGAAUGCCAGCCAGGUGACUGACGGAGCCGCCGCUAUCCUUCUGAUGCGCCGCUCGAAAGCCAUCGAGCUCAACCAGCCCAUCCUCGCGAAAUUCUGCGGCGCAACCGUCGCCGGCGUGCCGCCGCGCGUGAUGGGAAUCGGCCCCACGGCCGCAAUCCCCAAGCUCCUGACCCAGUUCCGGCUCGACAAGGCGGACAUCGACUUGUUCGAGAUCAACGAGGCCUUUGCCUCGAUGGCGGUCUACUGCGUCGACAAGCUAGGGCUUGAACAUGAGCGCGUCAACCCGCGCGGCGGCGCCAUCGCCCUCGGCCACCCACUUGGCGCGACGGGGGCGCGGCAGAUCUGUACGAUUCUCAGCGAGGCGCGGAGAACCAAGAAGCGCAUUCUCGUCACUAGUAUGUGUAUUGGUACGGGGCAGGGGAUGGCUGGUUUGUUUGUAAAUGAGGUAUAAUCAUCGCAUUAUUCGUAACGUAUAAUGUAAAUGGUAUAAAACAUGCUCGGGUAUAAUAUAAAGAUUAUCAUUUAUUCCCCUCCCUCUUCAUCCUCUCCUCCGCCGCUUUGGCAAGUAUAUCCCUUCUACUUGCACCCUGGUCCUGAACAGGAUGUGCACCCCCCCCACCCAAGACAAACUGCCCACCCG